AUGGAUUACGAGGCAUCACUAAUUAACAGUCAACCAGAAGUAGAAGAAGAUGAUUAUGGUUGUUAUUUUUUAGAACCGUCUUCAAAUCCUUACAAUUUGAAUGAAAAAAUCCAACAAGCAAAUGGGGAUCUCUUCUCAUCAAACCUAUCCCCAACCAAGAAAAAAAGUUCUAAAGUGAAAUUCAGAGAUGAACUUAUAUCCUUUGAACCUGACCUAACAGAUGAAGAUGUGAACAGCAUUGAAAGUGAUCAAGUUGAAAUCCAACAUGAAAUUAAUGUUCAAUCUUCAGAUGUCAACAUAUUCGAUAUCGAAGAAGUGGAAGAAGUAGAAGAAGAAGAAGUUGUUGAGGAAAUUAACAGUGCUGAAGAGGAUUUUCCUGUGAGCGUUAUUCAACAAGAAAGUAAGCGUGGACCUGAUCAAAUUGACGAUAAGAACAUUAAUGACCAUGUUAAAACGAACUCGGGGAAAAUCAACAAAAAAAAGAAGAAAGAUAUGGAAAACAGAUCAUUUUGGAACGCACACGAAGUGCAUUGUAAGGAUCACUGCAUAGACAGGUUUGACUUUGAACUAUCUAUGUCCAUAAAUAAACUUGAAAUCCACGAAAAAGAAGGCUUACCACCACUCCAACUGUUGCGAAGAAGAUGCUGCGACGAAGUGAAACAAAAAAUGCAUAAAACCUUGCCGAAUUAUAACGGAUAUAGAUCAGAAUACGGCUUGACAUCAAGACAGCUGGAAAAGCGAGAAAAACAAAUGGAAACUUUGAGACUCAAAGAGCAAACGAGGCAAAGGCUCAUUGAGGAGUAUCGUAAGCGGAAGAUGAAACAGAACGAAGAAGUUUUCUCCCAGUGGCUGAAAGAGGUUUCUAAGAGGAGAACGGAGAAAGAGAAGGUGAAGAAACCAAUGACGAAACAGUGUUAUAGUCCUAGUGUAAUAAGUUUACCGAUUGGAAAUAAGGCUAAGGAGAGACCGAAGACUGCUGGGUUCAUCCCCAAAACGCAAAUAAAGAAACCUCGUAGGCCUCACACGAGUUCUUCUUGUGUUUUUAUAAAAGUCCCUCAGAGUAUACUAGAGAGAGGUAUCAAUAUUGGAGAUUUGAUAAUUACUAAUUCGAAGUUGUUGACCAGAAGAUUGCAUAUUUUGGCUUUGUCAUAA